GAAGAGGGUAAAAUGCAUAGAUGGUAUCCUUGAAGGGACUGGGGGUGGCGACGGCCGACAGGGAGCUCUGGCCUGGGCUGGUCCACGAGGUUACGAAGAGUCCGAAGCAACAACAAAGGAGGAGCCUGUCCUAUAAAAGUCUUGAGACUAGUGGUGACGUAAGACUCAUGCAGCGACCAAUCCCCAUCCAGAGCCUACGCUGCGAGUUUCGUGGUUGCUAAGAGACGGUGAGGCUCAAACGUUACCAUAGAAACCCAACCGUCGCGUCCCUGGAUGUGCGCGAGCAAGCGAGAGAGAUAUUAUAAUAAAAUACAUCAAUUGAAGAAUAAAAUUUCUUCCAGAUCUUUUAGAUUUUUGACUUGGGAGAUAGAAUAACCAUGCCUGUUCCAGAUGUUAUGUUCUGUGCACAACAGAUUCAUGUUCCCCCCGAACUACCAGAUAUAAUGAAACAAUUUACCAAGGCUGCUAUCAGGACCCAGCCACGUGAUGUGCUGCAGUGGUCUUAUGGGUAUUUUUAUGCCUUAUCACAUGGGGAGCCUCUUCCUGUGAAAGAACGUGUUGAAAUCCCAGUAGCCACACAGAAAAAUGACACAGGUCUGACACCAGGACUCCUUAAAAUUUUGCACAAACAGCUAUCUGAAAAGGGAACUGUGGAGUUACCAGAUCUUCAGAGAAAAUGGAAAAACUUGUGCUUACCAAUGGCACAAUUGCACAACAUUCUCCAAUUGGACGACUUUUCAGAAGGAGUUGAAUGGAUGAAAUUUUUUGCCCUUGGAUGUAGUGCGCUUGGUGGGUCUUUGAUGAGCUCCAUGAAACAUGCCUGUGAAAUUCUAACAGAGGACCCAGAGGGGGGAGCAGCCCGCAUCCCAUAUGAUACUUUUGCAUUUAUCUAUUCCUACUUGGCUGGCUUAGAUGAAGAAAUAACAGGGGAAGCAACAGAGUCUUAUCUCAAGUCUCUUAAAGAACGUGUGGCACGUAAAGAAAACAUGGUUGGACUUGCAGAUUUCUCAACUGUUCAGAAGAAAUUUUGAAACAUGGAAGUGGAUGAUAAAACUUUACUUCGCAAAUAGAACUUGAACAAUAAAAAGCCAUUACAUUAUGCACAUAAAAUACAGUUUGUUCUUAAUAAAAAAUUGCAGUCUGA